AUCAAGUUGCCGCCUCCACCUGAGUCCUCAGAGAACUGCAGACAUCUGGACGAACCCUCAACCGGCUCCACGAGGAAACGUCACCCCCCGUCGCCCCGCUCACAAUAAACAGAUUUUGUACCACCGGAAUUAUUUAGAUUACGCACAGAAAUCACAGAGGUUUUUCUGGUAAAUAUUCUAGCCAGGUUCCCCAGACUAGGAAGGGGAGAGUAGCUGAUUAGGAGGAAGCCAGAAGGAGACCAGGAGGAGACCGAGAGGUGACCAGGAGGAGACCAAGCGCAGUUAGGGACUCCUACUUUUCCCGCGGACCUCCAGCCCCCUUCCCCUGAGCGGGGAGUCGAGCGCAGCACAGAGACACGACACAACCGUUUCCCGGAGAUCUUUGGACUUUUUUCGCUUUCAAAGUCCACAAUUCCCACCGUCCAUCCGCCUCCUCCUGGGAGAUGAGCCAAAUCAACCGACAUUUAGUUUGUAGCAAAAUAUGGCCGGGAAAAGUUAGGGGGGAGAGCGACGUGAGGAGCCGUCCCAGGACGAUCGACACUGAGGCGAGACGAGUGCAUCUGGUCAAAAACAGCUCGACCGGAAACCGAGCCGAGGUGGUGUUGGUGCAGGACUAUGCCGCGGGACCCGGCCGGGACCCUGCCCCCGGACCCGGGGUCCUUGGACCCGACCGCUGCCGCCUGCAGCACCGCGGCGGGGCCAUUGAGAAGGCGGCGUGCCAGCAGGCGGCCGGCCGGAUCAACUGCUCCAACCCCGCCUGCGCUUCCAUCUCCGACACGGCACGGGAGCUGUGCAAGGCGGUGUCCGUGUCCCUGGGGCUGGCCGGGGACUCCCACGACAUGAGUGACCCGGACCCGGGUCUGGGUCAGUUUUCUCCGGGGAACGAGCAGCAGCAGCACCGCGGAGACUACCUGCUUGGGGUCUCACAGACAGCCCAGCGCCCCAGAUGCGCCAACAGCGACCCGCACAGCGACCAGCAACUGGUGGAAAUGUUUAAAAGUCCCGAGGACGAGUCGAGCCUGCACCACCUGCUCUCCGCCCGGUGUCUGGACGGACCGCAGGAGGACUUCGACGUCGUUUCCUCCAAAGAGAUGGACCCUACGGACACGGCCCAGCAGGGGACCUGCUACCCCUACGGCCCGCCGCACACGGCCGCCAACUUCACCCACUACCCCAACAACGGGCCGCCCGGCGGCGAGAGACAGCCGAACGCCUACCUGCCCCCGGGAGCGGGGCGCGAGGUCGGAGGGGAAGCCCUGGAGGAGAAGUACGUCGACUACCUCCAGGAGCAGUACAGCGUGAAGAUCAAGUCCGAGGCGGUCCACAGCGGGGCGUUAUGGGGAACUAGUUACAGCUACGACGGGACCGGCAGCGGCCCGUACCCGGGUCCAAGGCAGUGCGUCAAUACGCACAGCCUGGGGGGCAGCGGCGCGCUGGGGGGAGACCCGUACGAGAGGGGGGUGCUGCGCCGGGAGCGGCCGGGGCCGGAGCAGUGGUACCCUGGGGGGACGCUGGCCCGGCCGCCCUACCCCAACCCCGGCUACAUCAAGAACGAGGUGGGGGGCUGGCUGGACGCGACCUACAACGAACCCCGGUUCGACGGCGGCCGGGAGCACAUGUUCCCCAUGGAGUUCUUCUUCCCGCCCCAGCGGACGUGUCUGAUCUGCGCCGACGAGGCCUCCGGGUGCCACUACGGGGCGCUCACCUGCGGCAGCUGCAAGGUCUUCUUCAAACGAGCCGCCGAAGGCAAACAGAAAUACCUUUGCGCCAGCCGGAACGACUGCACCAUCGACAAGCUGAGGAGGAAGAACUGUCCGUCCUGCCGAUUGAAGAAGUGCUUCGAGGCGGGGAUGACAUUGGGAGCGAGGAAGCUGAAGAAAAUCGGGCAGCUGAAGAACCCGGAGGAGGAGGUGGGAGGAGGAGUAGGAGGAGGAGGAGGAGGGGGGCCGCAGGGCUCCCAGGAGCUGAUCCAGUGCAGCAUGUCCCCCAAGCCCUACCUCAACCUGCACUCCCAGCUGGCCUUCCUCAACAUCCUGGAGACCAUUGAGCCCGACGUGGUCAACGCCGGCCACGACCACGGCCAGCCCGACUCGGCCGCCACGCUACUCACCAGCCUCAACGAGCUGGGAGAGCGCCAGCUGGUCAAGGUGGUCAAAUGGGCCAAGGGUCUGCCAGGCUUCAGGAACAUGCACGUUGACGACCAGAUGACCGUCAUCCAGCACUCCUGGAUGGGGGUGAUGGUGUUCGCGCUGGGCUGGAGGUCCUACAAGAACGUCAACGGCAGGAUGCUGUACUUCGCCCCGGACCUGGUCUUCAACGAGAACCGGAUGCACGUGUCCACCAUGUAUGAGCACUGUAUCCGGAUGAAGCACCUGUCCCAGGAGUUUGUCCUUCUGCAGGUCACCCAGGAGGAGUUCCUCUGCAUGAAGGCUCUGCUGCUGCUCAGCAUCGUCCCCGUGGAGGGGCUGAAGAGUCAGAAGUACUUUGACGAGCUGCGCCUCACCUACAUCAACGAGCUGGACCGCGUCAUCAACUACGGCCGGAAGUUCAACUGCUCCCAGAGGUUCUACCAGCUGACCCGUCUCAUGGACUCCCUUCAGGCGGUGGUGAGGAAGCUCCAUCAGUUCACCUUCGACCUCUACGUUCAGGCCCAAUCGCUGCCCACCAAGGUCAACUUCCCCGAGAUGAUUGCGGAGAUCAUCUCGGUGCACAUACCAAAGCUGCUGGCGGGCCUGGCCAAGCCCAUCCUGUUCCACAAGUAGAACCCGCUGGAGGACUGGAGGACCCCCGGAGAGCUCGGGUCCAGAGUUCUGUCCUGGAGUCGCAUCGCGACCGGGUCCCGUUCCGCCACGUUCCGCCGUGCCUCGGUUCUCCACCAGGGAUGAGGCUCAGAGCUCAGGAGAGUCUUCUUCUUCUGCCUCGAUGAAGGAGUGUUUUAAUAACUGGAUCAUCUGUGGUUCCAGCACAAGCUAACGGCCGUUGAAAAAAAUAAAGGAAUCUGUCUCCUUGAGACAGAUCCUUCAGACGGAAAACGAGUGCGGGCCCAGAAAUGAGCUCUUUAGUAACCACGCGU